AUGAGUAUGGCGAGUGGGUUUGAGAGUCCCGCUGCGCUAGAAGAAUGCACUCAUGGUGAGAAGCUCGUUGUAAGUAUCGGCAUCGUCGGAAUCAGACAUUCAGACGUCUUACAACCAGACGUCUUUAUAACCAGAGAAUGGUCAAUUCACAUGACGUUAAUGGAAAGCGAGUGCGACAAACUCAAGUGGCAAGCAGGAUUCUAUCGCACAUACAAGCUUGGCCCUGGACAUCCCCACGAGGUCUUCGGCUUGUUCAUUCAGUGGCUGUAUACUCGAACAUACCAGGAAAAGGAAGGUCUCGCGUGGUCUUUCGACAGGUGCCUGACUUUGCUAUCCGCCCCUCUGGAGAUCGGACUUGCGCCUGAACUACAAGUAGACUGGCCUGUUAAGGCAGCCGUUGCCAGUUGGGAACUUGGCGUCACCCUACAUGCAAAGAACUUCCAAAAUACGCCAUCAAGCGAAAGCUUUACAGAAGGCUCAUCGCAGCUACAACAGCUACUCCAGAAUGUUGUCGUUCGCAAUUGGGGAGACACUGCUAUCAUCGACCACACAGCCCAAGAACUAUGGUCAUUCUUCCUCGGCUUAUGCCCUAGCUUUCGCGAGGACUUCCUCGUCGCAACGAAGCACGCACUAGAGAAGAGGCAGGAAGAGGAGCUAGACUUUGUGAAGUAUCUUAUCCACUAG